ACGCAAACAAUCUCGAAACAGUUCGAUACUUAUAGGGCGUAAGCUAAGCUGUAAAGUUGUGGUAAAAUAGAUAAAAACAAUUCAACUUAUCACCGGUAUCUUGCAUUAAAAAAAAAAGAAAAAAAUGGCUCGCAAUAUAUUAAAACUGGGCGCUCUUGAGGCGCAAAAGACUGCGUUUUUUCUAUGUGAUGUUCAGGAGACAUUCAGACCUCACAUAAAAUACUUCUCGGAAGUGGUCAAAACGGCGAAUAAAAUGUUAGAAGCAGCAAAACACUUUGAUAUACCAGUAUAUGUAUCGGAGCAGUAUCCCAAAGGUUUGGGACACACAACUCAAGAUAUUAAACUUGACAAUGCAACAUUUGUUUAUGAAAAGACAAAGUUCUCUAUGUUUACUCCUGAACUGCAAGAGAGGUUGAAGAAGGAUGUACCAAAUUUGAGUUCAGUUGUACUUUUUGGUAUUGAGGCCCAUGUAUGCAUUGAACAAACUGUGAUUGACCUGUUGAAUGAAGAUAUAACUGUGCAUGUCCUCGCUGAUGGAGUAUCAUCAAGAUCUAUGAUGGACAGAAGUCUGGCUCUGGAGCGGUUCCAUAAAGUUGGUUGUUUCGUGGGCACAGCAGAGAACGUCUUAUUCAAGCUGUUGAGAGACAAGAGCAAUCCAGCCUUCAGAGCCAUAUCAAAGUUGAACCAGACUCCCACUGCUGACGAAUUUGUAACCACUGAAUAAGGAAACCUUGAAAAAUUGUAGUAGCCUCAAAAAUUCUAUCGUAGCCUAUCUUAGUCUAUUCAUUUUCAUCAUCAUCAUAUCAACCAAUUACCAGCCCACUACUGGGCACGGGUCUCCUCCCACAAUGAGAAGGGUUAAGGUUGUAGUCCACUACGCUGGCAGUACGGUUUGGUGGACUCCGCAGGGCUUUGAGAUCAUUAUAGAAAACACUCAUGCACACAUUUUUAUCCCCGGGGAAAGUUAAAAAUUGUAUAUCUCACCAUGUUUCCCCUUCACCAUUGUGUGAUAUUUAAUAGCAUAAAUUAUAAACGCACGCUCUGAAAAGGUACGGGGAUGGAACUUCCUACCAUUGUCAAAAUGAUUUCUGUAACUUCAGUAUAUUUUCACCGCCAAUGCCGUGGAAUCGGCUUUGAGUAGCAAAAUAUUGACAACAUGAAGAAGGACUCAUAAUCGCUUUCGAGUAGUAAAUAUUAUAAAAAUCAUUUUCAAAGCAUCCAAGGUGCCCAUUCAAGUAUUCACUGAGUUUCAUCCAAAUCGGUCCAGCCGUUUAGUAAGAGCAACACACAGACAGGAGAAUAACAUGUAUUGUGAAGACUUCUUUCUAAAUUUUAAUGUAAAAAUUAAGUUAUAUACGUAAUACUUAAAAGCUCUAGGAGCCCAUAGAAAUAUUCACUCAGUUUUAUCCAAAUCGGUCCAGCCGUUUAGUAGGAGUAAUACACAUA